AUGGACGACGAUGACGACCUGCCGCCCGUUCUCGUCGAGACCGGCAAUGGCCCCGACAGAGAGCCGGAAAAGCAGGCCAAGGUGCCCAUCACGAUCGUGACCGGCUAUCUCGGCGCCGGAAAGACGACGCUGCUCAACUAUAUCCUGACGGCCCAGCAUGGCAAGAAGAUUGCCGUGAUCAUGAAUGAAUUUGGUGACUCCGUGGACAUUGAAAAGUCCCUGACGGUCAACAAGAACGGCGAGGCUGUGGAGGAGUGGCUGGACGUCGGCAACGGCUGUCUCUGCUGCUCGGUCAAAGACACGGGCGUGAACGCGAUCGAGUCGCUGAUGGCCAAGAAGGGCUCGUUUGACUACAUUUUGCUGGAGACAACCGGCCUGGCCGAUCCCGGAAACCUGGCGCCGCUCUUCUGGAUGGACGACGGCCUCGGCAGCUCCAUCUUCCUCGACGGCAUCGUCACCCUGGUCGACGCCAAGAACAUUCUGCGCAGCCUCGACGACCCCGAGGGCCGGGUCGAAGAUGGCCACGACGACGGCCACGACGAGCGCGGUCCUCUGAUGACUACCGCCCACGUGCAGAUCUCCCACGCCGACGUCGUCGUCAUCAACAAGACUGACCUGGUCGACGCCGACGAGCUCGCCCGCGUGCGCGCCCGCGUCGAGUCCAUCAACGGGCUCGCCCGCAUCCACCUCGCGCGCCAGAGCGAGGUGCCCCGGCUCGAGGGCGUGCUGCUCGACCUGCACGCCUACGAGACCGCCGAGGCCGUCGAACGCGCGUCCCGCCAGAAAUACCACAGCCAUCUGGAUCCGACCAUAUCGACACACACUAUCGAGCUUGGCGUCUUGGAACUGCAACAGGUCUACAAGCUGGACGCCUGGCUCCGGUCGCUGCUCUGGGAGGGCCAGCUGCCCUUCCCCAACGGCCCCCAGACCGGCUUCGAGAUCCACCGGCUCAAGGGUCGGCUCGUGCUGCAGGACGGCACGGACAAGGUCGUACAGGGCGUGCGCGAGCUGUUUGAGAUCUUCGACAGCCCGUCCCCGUCUGCCACCCAGACUACGGAUGCACCCCAGCAGAGCAAGCUUGUCCUGAUCGGAAGACGGCUAGGCCAAUUUGCUUUUGAACAGAGCCUGCGCCUGAGCUUGAGCUAG